AUGCCUCUUAUCAACGGCCUCAAGAUGGCUUGCGAGCCUUGCAUCCGCGGCCACCGUUCCACAAAGUGCACCCACGCGAAUGAGCGACUCAUGGUCCCCGUCCGCAAGCCUGGCCGUCCCCUGAGCUCGUGCCCUCAUCCCUCCUCGAGGCCUUGCACAUGCGGCACCGUGACGGCUGCCAUUCCGCGGAGGCAAAAGUGCGGUUGUGGAACGAGAGCAGCGACGACUUCUUCGCCUUCGUCGUCGGCUGCUCCUACCCCUGCUCCCGCCCCCGCCUCCGCCUCUGCCUCUGCCUCUGCCCCCGCCACCACCACCUCCCCCUCGGCCACCGAGGAGUCGCUGUCUGUGGUGACAUCCCCCGUCGACUCAAAGGGGACCGCGGCUGCCUCUCGUGUACGGAAAACGCAGGCGCGCCGGGGGUCAUCGCGCAAGCCGUCAGUCGAUCCGAUGGCUCUCGAGAGGAUGGACCUGAACCAGCUCAACAUCAUGCCUGCGUUUGACGGCGCCAGGAACCAGGACGACGCUUCUGCCUCCUCCAUGCACGCCACCAACGGUGCGGCGGAUGCCCAGUACGCCGGCUUCCCGGCAGCCGGCAACCCUCUGGACGGGUACCCGGUCAUGUACCCGACCUUCUCGCCGCCCAUGCUGGCCCCCCCCAUGGUGCACCCCAACGGCCACACGCCCUCGGCAUCGAAUGGAUCGGCCCCGUCGGCGACAGCAGGCAGCUGCUGCGGGGGAGGACGGGCCCCGGCGGAGCAGCGGGACGACAUGUCGACCGCUGAUUCGACAGGUCUGGAUGGAUCCCGCGCCGCCGAACCGAAGAAGACCGGAAGCUGCUGCUCAUCGAAGCCUCCCGCCGAGGCACCAGCUCCCCACCAGCAGCAGCAUCAACAACAACAACAACAACAACAACAACAACAACGACAGCAGCAGCGACAGCAGCCCGUCAUGGUCAUGUCCCCCUUUCAGACACCCAUACCCAUGGCGCACGGGCUAUACCCCCUCAUGACCCCACCCACAUUAUUCACCUACCCGCCGCAAUACGGCACCUUCAUGCAGCCCCUGCAGCCGGAACAAUGGAGGCAGGUCAUGGCCCUCCUGAGUCUGGGACAGCCGGGACCGCAGACCGCCGAUGGCUUUGGGGGCAUGGCCGGGGCGGCUGCCCCGACUCCGGGACCGCCUGUCGCGUCCGACGGCGGACAUGCACCGGCCGGCCCUGCCAUGUAUCCUGCGCUCACGCAGCCGGACGGCAACUGGGCCGAGGGAGGUGGCAUCGCGACGUCGCAUCACUGCUCCUGCGGCGACUCGUGCGAAUGCGUCGGGUGUGCUGCGCAUCCGUACAAUGAGGCCACGCAGAACUAUGUCCGCUCAGCGUGGAACAGCAUGACGGAGGCGACUCAGCAGCCCCAGCAGCCCCAGCAGCCCCGGCAACACCCCAGCGUAGAUGCCGGAUAUACCAACGGCGGCGGCGGCAAUGGGAACAGCCGUGAAGAUUCGCCGAUAAACGGACAGAUGCCGCCCCCGAUGCCGGCAGCAGCGGUGGCACACCCCGAGUCCAGCGGUGCACCGGCACAGCAGACGCCCCAGACACCAUCGGAUGGUGGGGCGUCCGCCACGGGCGAGGAGCAGGUCUUCUCGUCCGACGACUUCUUCUUUGUCAGCUACCCAUUUGAUGAUACUUGCGCUGGCGACACGGCGAGCUGUCCCUGCGGAGACGACUGUCAGUGUAUCGGAUGUGUCAUUCAUGGGAAAUAG